AUGGAUGAGAUGCAGAGGAAUUAUGAAGCGCAGAUGCAGAUUUUACGUGAGGAGAAUGCCAUCCUAAGGCAGAAGGAAGAAGGAAUCCCAUCGACCCCUACGGUACCCGACCCGAACAGGUUAAGUCGGGUACAGCAACAUCGGGAUGCCGAACGAGUGGAGAGUCGUCUUCCACCCACAGGGCACGAGCAAUCACAGCCAGGCCGGGCUGAAAAGACACAGGCUUCAAGGGAAAAUCCGUCACGCACGGUGGCAGAGAGCUCAGGAGCGAAUGAUGGGAGCCGCCUAGUGCGUCAACCGAUCCUCGUAUCGGGAUCCUCCCCCCUUACGUCGUAUAUUCUGGAGAAGCCGCUACCGGAGAAGUGGAAAAUGUCGACAUUUGACAAGUACGACGGCACGACCGACCCAGACAAUCACAUGCGGGUCUUCAUGCAUCAGAUGAUGUUUCACGCCGUCAGCGACCCCAUCUGGUGCCGAGUCUUCUCAACUUCGUUGACUGGGGAGGCGUUGGAGUGGUUCUCCGAGCUGCCGGCCGGUAGUAUUGACUCGUUUGCCACUUUGAAGGCGAGGUUCAGCACACAGUUCGCACCUCUGAAACCGGCCAUUCUGACGGUCGAUAAUCUGGUGAACAUCCGACAGGAGGAUGGGGAAUCGCUGAGGAGUUAUCUUGAUCGGUAUAAUCGGAUGUCGGUCAAGAUAAAAGGUUUCAGCGAUGAGAUCGCGAGACAUCACUUCUCUUAUGGACUCCAGCCGGGGGUUUUUGCGGACAAGAUCAGCCGUAAGAAACCAAAGACGAUGGAAGAGAUGAGGGAACGUGCGGCCAAAUUCAUACAAAUGGAAGAUAUGCAGGAGUUUAGGGUAAAGAAGAGGGAGAAGGAGGAUGCUGCACUCCCAAAGCCGAUCGCGCCUAGACCGGGCAAACCCGUAGCCCGACCCACCGAAAGGAAGCCACCAAAGUUCACAACUUAUACUCCUCUGGCUGUUCCCCGGGCCAGGAUCCUGCAAGAGGCCUUCAGCGCCGAUUCGCUCCCGGCAGUGAGGAAGAAACACCCCCCGCCCGAGGCUGACGGUAGUAAACACUGCCAAUACCAUCGCACGAUCGGGCAUACCACCGAAGAGUGCCACACGCUCCGUGACAAAAUAGAAGAUCUCAUCCGGCAAGGGCACUUGAAGAAAUACAUCCGGCAAGAUCGUCCCCCGCAGAGCCCGGUGAGGCACAGAAGUCCCGUAAGAAGAACCACCCCGGCCCGACGGGAGAAGCGGAGGGAGCCCGAACCCGAGAGACGAGGUAGAGGACCGUCUCGGCCGUACAAAAGCCCAAGGAGGAGCCGCAGUCGGAACCGCGAUAAACCCCUCAGAGGUUACAUCAAUACCAUCUCCGGAGGUUUCGCCGGAGGAGGAUCGAGCUCCGCAGCUCGAAAAAGGCACGUUCGGGCGUUAAAGUCGGUUCAUCUGGUCGAGAGGAAGAUCCGGUCGAUGCCCCCCAUCACGUUUACAGACGACGACUUCAAAGCGCCCGACCCAGAUCAUGACGACCCGAUGGUCAUCUCAAUAUAA